AAGUUUCAGUAUACUUAAUGUUUUUGCUAAUUCCAUUUUUUUAUAUAUAAACUAUGCAAUUAUGAUGUACAUAUUUUAUUACUUUUACAAAAAUAUGCAAAUGUCGCGAAUUGCUGCCGAAAAAUUAUAAUCUUCGAAAUCGAUAUCAAUCUUCAAUAUCAAACAUUUUGAUAUCGAGAAACGAAACUAGAAAAUAGUAAAAUAGUAGGCCUCGCGGUAGAUAUUGUAGUAUUCAUUUUUUUCUCAUUAUGUGCACUUUAAUAAAUAUUUAGAAAGUUAAUUAAUCCAGAAGCUGAAUGGCAUCCUGGUAAGGACGAUAAAAAACAUCGCGCAUUUGAUCUUGAGAUCAAUAGAUUUCACUCAAGUCUUAUUGGAUAACUCAAAUUGAAUCUCUAAAAGUGUGGUGCUAGUAUUAAUUUUCAAGAAGGUCUUGAAAAAUAAUUCCAUUUUUCCUACGAGAAUUUUAAAGUACCAGCAACUUUCUCAAAAUAACCGUUCAGAAGCUUUAUUCAUAAGAAAAGUUGCCUUAGAUAGUUUAGUAGUAUAUACAAUUUUAUGUUCCAUAUUUAUUUUUAUUUUAUUAAUAAUUAAGUAAAUUUUAUUAAGAGAUAUAUCUAUUUUUCUUUACCGUCCUCACUUUAAUUUGUUCGAAUUUGCGACAUUUAUUGUCAUUAUGUAUUCAAGAUAAAUUAUAGAAAUUUUAAAUAAAAAUGAAAAGAGAAGUAAAGAAUUCUCGAUCUCAAUGAUAUGAAAAUAAAGCUUGUAAAUAAAUAAGGCGAAUGACAAUGCACCGCGGUACUCUGUACGCAUAAUUUAAUUUUAAUUAAACAUUACAAAUGUCGAAUGUAACGAAUAUAACAAAAAAAGUAUUAUUCGAAAAACAGAAACUUUACCGUCAGCAUAAUCAAUGAUCAUGCAUUCAAUCACUGCUUUGUCGCAAUAUAUGUCAACUCGUUUUGCAUUUACUUUACCCUAAACAAAGCCGCAGGACAUACUGUCGAUUGAGAUACUCGUUAGAUAGCAUUAGGCACUAUGGCUCCCUCAUGGUUCUGCGACGGGCACAGUGCCAUAAGAUAAUUAUCGCUCCAUAGCACAGGGACUAUUACAAGGAAUUUAGUGAUCAUAUUCGCUGUACGAUAAAGGUUUCGAAAAAUACAGUUCUUCGUUGAAUUUAUCGUCGUUCAGAGUACGACAUUCAUUUAUAUGGUAUACUUGUACAAUGGUAUACGUUGAAAUAUGUAAUUACAAUGAGAUGAAUACAGACUGUCGCUGCUUGCCGUACGACUACAUACAACAUAUUGAAGCCGGAAGAAAUAAAGUAUCAAAGAGAAUAGUAAAUUGUUGAAAAGUCAAGCGCGGGUCGGCAAUUUUGAAACAUGAAUAUAGAAUAAUCAUAAAGAAAGCAUUUCCGUAAAGGAAGAAGCAUUCGUAGAAGACAGAACAUAAAACGAGAGUUGCUGUAAACUGGAGCAAUCGAUUCUGAUAAUCACGUUUGUCAAAAUAAUUUCUAUUUAUUCUGGACAAACGACAUCAACAAGAUGGACGUCCAAAAUGUAAAUCCCCUAAAUGUUCGAUUAAAUAUGAUCUCAGGCAAUUUAUUACCAAUAACUGACGAAGAUUUGUCAUUUGCUGUACCGUGGAGAAUAUACAAUAUUGUUAUAUGGCUAAUUCAAUUGAUUCAAAUCUGCGCAACGAUCUACGGAUUUGUAUCAGUGGCGAAUCGCGAAGCUUUACAGGAUGCUGGAACGAUGGGCAUCCUAGUGAGCGUUGAAGUAUUAAUUUUGUUGACGCGUAUGUACGCAAAUAGAAAUCUAGGAAGGCAAUUAAUCCAAAAGUUGAAUAGCCUUCUGCGCACCGAAGACGAAAGUAUGAAGAACAUCGUGCAUUCGACCCUGAAACCAUUAGAGAUUCCUCUCGAGUUUUACUACAUAGGUGGAACCGGAUCUGUAAUAAUAUAUUGCUGUUUACCGUUUAUGCUGAUUUUCAAAAAAAAGUAUUUUUUCUACGAAGAUUUUGUAAUGACAGCAGCUUUUUCGAAACAGCCAUUCUCGACGAAAGUUUUUGUGUUGGGCAACCUUUUCGAAACCAUCUCUUGCGCUUUCAUAUUUUUAAAAAAGGUUGCCAUGGAUGUUUAUAUGAUAAAUCUCGUAUUACUACUGACAACACAGUAUCGCUACGUCGCAGUGAAACUCGCAACAAUACUUCGUAAUGAUUCUUCACAAAAUGAGGACCAUGAAUGUCAAAAGAAUGAUAGGCCUGCAGAUUUAUUAGUGGAGAAAAAGAUGAAAGCGUUAUGUCAACAUUACAGCUCCGUAAUUUUCACAACUUUAAUGUUAAAGAAAUUCCUGUUUUUGAAUAUGAGUUUUAUUUACUUGAAUAAUAUCUUUCGUUUCUGUUUCAUCGAUCUACUCUUUAUAAAUGCAAUACGAUCAGGGGCUAUCUACGAAGUAGCUUUGCUCAUUAUAUAUGUAUGUGGCGCCUUAGUACAACUGUAUAUUGUGUGUUUCUGCGUUCAUCAGUUAUUAGAUGCGAGUAAAGAAGUGACAGAUAUAGCAUUUCACGAACAAUGGUAUGAAUUUAAACCCUCGGUGAAACAUAUGUUCAGGAUGAUUAUAAUGGCUAAUAAUUUAAAGAUUAAACUUUCGGUUUCUGAAAACUUUAGUCUUUCUCUUCCUUCAUUUUUAGCGAUUUUAAAUCAAUCGUAUUCGGUUGCUCUUUUGCUUUUAAAAGUGAAGUAAAAAUUGACAAUGGACAGAAGAACGCAAGAAGCAUUACAAAAAAAUUAGAAUUUAAUAUUAUUAAUAAAUAAUAGGACACAUAAGUAUUAAGGUUUCUGAACCAAAUAAAAUCUAACAUUAAACAAGACCUAUUUUUUAAUUUAUUUUGUCAAAUAAAAUCCACUUACAUAAC